UCUUCAAUAGAGACGUCUUGGAGUGGACUCGAGGACCCUCUCGUGCUCUGACGGGACUUAUGGAGCUCGCCGUCAGUCCAUCCAGCUCAGUGUCGGAGUGAUCGAUGCAGAUCUGAGCUGGUGCUGUGUCGGUGCCAGGCUGUGGAAGCACGAGGUGACCCGGCAGUACGAGAUUGCACCGGGAGAGAAGGAAACGACGUCGAGCUGAACGACACCGAGACGAGGACCGAGAGCGGGAGGAACCGUCCAGGGACCAGCAUCAUGGAAGACUUUAAGGUCCAGACCGCCAAGCAUCCCCCCGCAAACAGCGCGCCCCUGCGACCCCCCAACGAGCACUCCCGGGAGCGGGUCAAGCGCCUCUCCACCGACUCCAACGGGACGAGCGAGGGAGGAGCGGGAGCCAAAACCCCGGUGGAGCUCACGCCGCUCGAAGAGGCCUUCAGACGCUUCGCCAUCCACGGGGACACGCGGGCAACCGGCAAGGACAUGCACGGCAAGAACUGGUCCAAACUGUGCAAGGACUGCGGGGUGAUAGACGGCAAAAGCGUGACCCUCACCGACGUGGACAUCGUCUUCUCCAAAGUCAAGAACAAAUCUGCACGCACCAUCACGUACAACCAGUUCAAGGAGGCUCUCUCUGAGCUAGCGAGGAAGCGCUAUAAGGAUAAAACCAGUGAGGAGGCGUCGGAGGAGGUUUUCAAACUGGUGGAGGGGAAGUCGCCACUUAUAUCUGGAGUCACGAGGGCCGUGGCGUCCCCCACCGUGUCCCGUCUCACAGACACCAGCAAGUUCACCGGCUCUCACAAGGAGCGCUUCGACGAGACGGGCCGCGGGAAAGGCAAAGCGGGUCGCGUGGAUAUCGCCGACACGUCCGGCUACGUCUCCGGAUACAAACACGCCGGCUCGUACGAGAAGAAGGUCCUGGGCAAACCCGGACAGAAACCCGAAGAAGACGCCGCCAGUACAUUCCUCACCACGAUGGACGAUUUACUAACAGAUCUCAGAGGCAAAGCAAUGUGAUGACAGGACGUGGAAAGACUGAGCAGAAGAAAAAUGUUCGAUAAAAUGCCGACAACAGCACAACUGAGGUCUGAUCAAGCCUAUAGGUGGCGCUAUGUGGGCCUAGUCAGACGAUUCGGCUUUGUACAGGUAAAAAACUCAGCAGCCACUUGGCGCUAACGAUCAAGGUUUUCAGAUAUCGCCACUGAACAAUGAUACACUGACCACAGUUCUGUCACCCCACCAGUAGGUUAUGAAAGCACAAAUAGUGGCAUCAUUACACUCUGCCCUUGCUGCCUUUUAUCGACUUGCAGUGCAGUGGCACAAUGGUGAUGCCAACAGCCAGCCAAUCUGAAACUGAUCAUUCGGCUGCUCCUGUCAGGACUCGCCACAGCGGCUCAUUCAUCCACAGAUUCAGUUUGGCACAGUUUUUACACCGGAUGCCCUUCCUGUGCCCUCUUUUUCACCACUAAGGGUACGCUUUACACCAUGCAUGUUUCACCUAUUUAUGAGCCCAGCUCAGGAUUCAAACCCAAGAACUUAAGCACUGCUAAUACCAGCAGCGAGGACUCUACCAUUACGCAACACCAAUUAAAAAGCCUAAAUAAAAAUUGCAGUAAUCGGCACACCAUUCUAAACACCCUGGUUCGAAUCUCAGUUCUGCUAUCGAUCGGCUGGGCGCCAUCUAGCGGGCACAAUUGGCAGCGCCUGCAACAGACAAAAUUGGCAAUCGAGUCUGCAUUGUGGGAAAAGACCGGACUAACUGGGCGGGGUCUUUAAACACUGUUUAAGGACCCUGGUUAGCAGACAGAGGUGUCUCAUGUGCGAAUCCACCAAGGCAUGGGCGAAAAAGAAGGGGUCGAAGGACUGCACGUGUGUCCAAAGGGGCAUGGAGCAGGCGAAUAUACCCUCCUCGAACGCAAUCGGCAUCCCCAGCAGCGGAAGACUUAUUGGCUAUGCUAAAAUUGAUAGUAGAAGGGAGAAAAUGCAUAAAUAUAUAUAAAAAAAAUAUUUUAUUUUAUUAAUUUUUUAAUAAAAUUCGUAUUUCACCAAACUAACUGUGCAACAGAAAAACGAAUCGAUUGAAUUGACCAAAUUUUCCAGAAGGGGUGAUGCAUUCCACUUUUUGAUCAGAACUUAGAACGUUUGUGUUGUACCUGUCGCAUCAUUUGCAUCAUUUUGUGCCGUUUGCUGCCGGAUAUCAGAUGAACUGUUUUACUCUGUGAUUGAUUUGUAUAUUUAACACUGAUUUUUAUAUACAUGUGUGUUUAUAGUGCGUCCUUGUGAUCUGAAUAGACUUGUACAGUCCCCCAGGAUUUAAGCAUAUCGUGCCCGAACCCCUGAACUCGUAGUUACUGACAGUAGAUGUGAAUUUGUGUGUGUGUGUGUAUAAACAGGAUUUACUCUUUCCGCUGGUUUGCUGCACAGACUGGGACUGUGUUUCUAAUCCUCCGUCAUGUUUCCGUUUGUUUCUGUACUAAAGCUUAACAGCGUAAAUCUGAAUCUAAACACUGGCUUCAUUUUUCUUUAUUCUUUAUUUCCUAUCAGACAGAAGUGAGAGUAAACAGCAGGGAUUCAGAAUUCAUUAGAACUUUUAUGCUGGGACGCUUUAAGCACGCUGAACGUACACACACGUACAUUUUUUCACACUGGUCAGGGAUGCGUCCGGACUGCGUUUUAUAUAUACAUAUCACGGGAAUUUAUAUUGAACUGAGGAGUCAGUCCAGCAGCUACAUUUAAUUAGGACGGGUCCUUAUAUGAAUGGUCACAAAAUGAGAUGCUGCCAUGGGUCUGGCGACUGAUCUGUGACUGGUCACAUGGGUCACGUGGAGCCUAGUAUGGCAACUGGCUGUGCCCGAGGGAGGGAUGGAACUCGACCAGGCUUCGUUGCUGCCGUACAGUUGCGAUUUAGCAGACGCUUAUAACCAAGCAACCUUAUAUCCAAGCGACCUACAGUUUGAGCGAGUGAGGAUUCAGGGCUUUGCUUAGGGGCCCAACAGUGGCAAUUUCUAAUUACUAGUCCAGUACCUUAACCACUGAGCCACCGCUGUUCACAUGGGUAGCAUGUAAUAGUCUCAAGAGAACUGCAUAAGGGCGGGGAAAAUUAUUUCUAAUGGAGAGAAUUUAGGCAACUAGUUUGCUUCCGUUACUUCGGAGCCACAUUAUUUCGGAAGCGAAACAUGUCCGGGAUAAAUGACUACAUUUGGGGUAAGGGGAAAAGCGCAUACUGCUAAAAUAGUCCACUAAAAAAGGGAAAAUAAAUACAUUUAAAAUACUGUAAUACAAAGUAAGUGUUUGCUAAUGGAACCCUUAAACUUUUGUAUUGUUGCUGUACCUUACAUAAACACACGUAUCGUUCGACGGCCAGUUCUAACAGAUCAUGAAGUGUAUUGUGUGUAAUAAAAACCACGAGUGAUCAAAGCGAGAGGAAAUAUUUUCAGGUUUCUGGGAAAAAGACGGCAGCGUGUACAGACUUAUUCUUCUACAGAACGUCUAUUUUUCCAGUUUAAAGUUACAAACGUUCCUGCAAGCUCAAGAACCGACUCGGAUUUCUACCAGAACUUCAGGUUUUGAGGGAGCUGAACGAGCGGUUUAGCGCGUCUGUGUGCUUGAACACUGUAGUACUCUGUUAUUUAGGAAUAGAAGUCGGUAUGUUUUAGGUAACAUUGUGGUAGAAAACUGCCUGCUGCAUGUUCUACGUUCAUGAUAACAGAAUGUUCAUGUGACAUGUUCAGACUUUAACAUGUUUGUGUUUUGUAGCGUCGUUACGGAUAAAAAAUACAAUUAAAUAAAAGAAGGAAAUAAAACAGC